CACCCGGAGACCCCCGGACCGGCCGCCUCGCCCGCACCACUCUCUCCCGCAGCCACCACGGCCCAGCCAAACGCAGGCGCUGCCCCCAAAACUGGCCGCUCCAAGAAGGCCCCGGAGGAGCCAGCGGCGAGGGCUCCGGACGUGGACUCGCUGGGCUUUCCGGCCAUGGACCGCAACGUGCCGGGGCUGUCCCAUGUCAUCCUGCAGAAGCUCAACAUGAAGAGCUACGAGGACUACAAGUCUGCCAUGGAUGGGAGGAAGAGCGGCAGCGAUUUUGGGAUCCGGACAUAUUUUGACAUGUUCCAGAAGAUGGAGGACACCUUCAAGUUUUGCGUCGAGUGCAAGAAGCUUCCUGAUGCCCUCCCGGACCCCAAAAGUCUCCGACGUUGCAAGAGGUGCCAAAAUGUGUACUACUGUGGAGUAGCGUGCCAGCGUGCCAACUGGCCACUGCACAAGAAGUUCUGCAAGAAGCUGAAGUUGGUGGCCCUGGACCGGCUGGUGGAGUGGCUCGUCUUCACAGGAGACAUCCCAUUUCCCACGGACACCUGGACAAAACCUGCCUGGGAGGUGAAGGGCUGGGAGGACUGGUUCUCCAUGCAGGAGCAGCUGGAGGAGAAGCUGGGUGCCAUCGUGGCCGGGCGGUACAUGACCCUGCUGUGGGCCAACGCCGGGAAGCCGCGGCCGGAGGACGCGGAGCUGCGGGAAUCCAUCCGGCGCCUGGUCACCGACUUCCACUCGCGCCCGCUCACCAUCGGCCUGGGACUGCGGCUGUUCGGCAUCGACCCCCUCACCAGGCCCCUCACCGUGCACGUGGUGGGGGCUUCCCACGUGGAGACCCUCAACACGCGGCUGACGGACUACGACGAGCUGACGCGGAUGUUCCCGGGGCACCAGGGCAUGGAGAUGGUGAUGGUGGGGGUGGACGUGGUGGACGGACCCAUCAUGAGGCCACCCCUGACCACGCUGGCGCCCCGGGGAAGGGUCUAUCUCAGCAGCUACAAGGGGCUCUACCACGACUUCUGGGAAAGCCAAGUGGAAACCAAGCUGGCCGCCCCUCCCGACCUGGUGGUGGGCUUUCACCCGGGUUUCCAUGCCUGCCCAGACCUGCUGGCGGGCUGGCUGCCCACCCUGCUGCUGCUGCGGGACUAUCGCCUGCCCGUGCUCUUCACCGUGUACAGUGAGCAGGAGCUGAAGGCCUCCCUGCAGAUCCUUGUGGAGCUGGAGAUGCACGUUGUGGGUUAUGCCAGCAACCCCUUUGCCUCACUGCGGCCUGAGCAGGUGUACUCGAGCCCCAACAAGCCACCCGUGUACUGCAGCUCCCACUACAUCGCCCUGCUGGGAGCAGAGGCUGUGCCAGGGGCUGAGGAGCUGGAGGAUGAUGAUGGCUGGCAGGGAGGAGAGCCCAGUGCUGCUGCUGUGGCUGGGGGCAUUGCCCCAGGGCUGGGCUGAUUCCUGCCUGCCCUGACCACCCGACCCCCAGAGCCUCGCUGCCUAUCCAGGACCCCAUCUCCGCAUCCCAGGAUCAGCGAUCCAGAAAUCCCUCACUGCUCACAUGCAGGCCUGGGGGAUACAGCACCCCAGCACAGGCAUGGCACUCUUCCACAGCACCAAAUAAAUCACUACCAGCA